AUGAACAUCAACGACUUCCCCUACGAAAUCCUUACCCAGAUCCUCGAGGAGGUUACCAAGGCCAAUAUACGUGAUGGUCCCACGUAUACAUUUGGUCUCCAGCAAGCACCAUUGCCACUCGAGAGGGCCAAGCUCCAACGCUAUGUAAGAGGCCCGGUCCCACCGGAGCUCCUCAAGUGGGAUGCGACUGCCACACUACGAUCAGUCUGCUGGAAGUGGCAUGAGUGGGCUUUGGAGCACUCCAUCAAGGAUGUCUACAUCCGUCGCUGGAAGGGCGGAGAGCGAUGGGCCGAGCUAUCAAACAGGCGAGAGAGCUACCCGCUCUACGAACUCAUUGACCGUCCAACUGGCACAGCUGUCUACCGCGACCCCUUCGCCUCGCUCAAGCGGACGGUGAGCAUCUGCAACGACUACCCAGCAGUGGCUGCCAAGAUCAGGCGCAUGUGGGUGCACGGUUUCUACACCGCCGAGACCGAUCGUCUAGUAUUCCAAUCGCUCAAGAACUGCACCAACAUCACCUCGCUCUCUCUUCCAUGGACCGCCAUCCGUCACGUGGACGCCAAGGCCUGGCGGACUGUGCUCACUGGUACUGGCAAGCCACUGCAGUCGCUGGAACUCCAAUGCGUCGACCCUACCUCGCAGCAAGCAACAGACAAGGAUAACCUCGUUGACCUGGAGCCACUACAGUCGGUCAACUUCAGCCAGCUGCGACGCCUGAAGAUCUUCGGCGACACUAGCUUCAUGCCCAUCACCAACAAUGAUCUCUUCGCCAUCGCUCGCACUGCCACUCAGCUGGAGGAAUUUCACUUGACCUGCAACUCCUCAAUCACCAUCGACGGCGUCAUGGCGAUUGUUAAGGCGUCUCGCAAGACUCUCCGGGUUCUUGAGCACAGCCCGCGGUCACAGGAUGGCUUCUGGCACCCACAUCCUGGAUCCCCGAGCGACUGCGAGCAUCUCUGCGAUACUUUCCGGAACUGUCCCAAGCUUGAGACUCUUUCCAUCUCGCUUCCUUCUGUAUGCUCCCAUCUCUUCUCAAACGACAAUGCAAAGUUCGCAGGCGACCUGCAGGUACGCGCUCUGCACUUGUGUGAGCAUGAGGAUGGUCGCUCCACCCAAGAGGCUACCGACGCCCUGCAGAAGCUUCUUGAACAAGCCCGUCGCUUCAUCCGCCUUCGCGCAGAGAGUGCCAUCCCUCGCGACUUGUACGUCGAGCUCUUCUUCGCAGAGUGCAUCUUCGAACCCGGUUUCCAAUCCGUCCAUGGCGAUUUUUCCCUGGCGCAGAUUUCGUCCGAUGGGCACUGGCCACAAAACGUCGACUUCAGCGGCAAGGGACCUUACGGCAGCACCGGUCUGUACGGAAAAGAAGAAGAGGCGCAGUUCCAGCGUAUCGACGAGGCCGACUUCCUAGCUGGUGUUCGCAGGAGGCUCCUCUCCAUCCAAACAUGA